AGCAGACCAAAGGUUCACCGUCAGCCUUCUCCUAGUGACUCCACCUGAGAGUUGUAAUCAGCUGCUUGGCUUCUCCACGAUCCAACUUCUUUCUGUUCUAGUGUCUAGCUGCAGAGCUCAGAAACACACAUCUCUUGCAGUUGGCCUUUAAAUCAAGGUACAAACAACAGGAGCCGCUAUGGAUGCUCAUUACACGCAUAUUUCCAGAGAGGAUCUAGAAGACCUCCGAGAAGCCUUUAAUAAAAUUGAUAUUGACAACAGUGGCUAUGUGAGUGACUUUGAGCUCCAGGAGCUGUUCAGAGAGGCGAGCCUCCACCUGCCUGGGUACAAAGUGAGGCAGAUUGUUGAGAGCUUCAACGCUGGAGAUGCUAACAAAGAUGAAAAGAUCAGCUUCAGUGAAUUUGUUUCCAUUUACCAAGAUCUGAAGAGUAAGGAGAUCAGUGAGUCAUUCAAAAGAGUCCUCUCUAAAAAAGAUGGGAUUUACUCUUUCGGAGGCCUUUCUGGAGUCUCCUGCGAGGGAACACAGCACUCCUAUUCAGAUGAGGAGAAAGUAGCCUUCGCUAGAUGGAUCAACAAAUCUUUGGCAAAGGAUCCUGACUGCAAACACCUGCUGCCUGUAGACCCAACUGAUGAGAGCCUUUUUGCCUCACUCCGUGAUGGCAUCCUGCUCUGUAAGCUCAUCAACCUGUCCCAGCCAGACACAAUCGAUGAACGAGUCAUCAACACAAAGAAACUUACCACAUUCACAAGGAGGGAAAACAUUGUCUUAGCCCUGAACUCAGCCUUGGCAAUUGGCUGCACGGUGGUGAGCAUCGAUGCACAUGACCUGAUGGCUGGGAAACCCCACCUGGUCCUGGGACUCCUGUGGCAGAUUAUCAAGGUCGGCCUCUUUGCUGAUAUCGAAAUCUCCAGGAACGAAGGCUUGAUUUCCAUUCUGAUGGAAGGAGAGGACAUAGAGCAUCUCAUGUCUCUGUCUCCUGAGGAGCUUCUUCUACGAUGGGUCAACUACCACCUAAUCAAUGCAGGAACAGAACAAAUCAGCAAUUUCAGCUCUGAUAUCAAGGACUCAAGGGCCUACUUCUACCUGUUGGACCAGAUUUCCCCACGAGAUGAAGAUGAAUUCCACAUGGGGAUCAAAAUCAACAUGGCUGGCCUCAAUGAGUGGGAUUUGGAGCGAAGGGCUGAGCUAAUGCUGCAGGAAGCAGCCAAGUUGGACUGCAGGCAGUUUGUUUCUCCCCGUGACGUCACGUCUGGAAACAUCAAACUCAACCUGGCCUUUGUGGCCAACUUGUUUAACAUGCAUCCUGGUCUGCACAAGCCUAAGUUUAACCUGGAAGGGGAACACAUAGAGCCUGAAACCAGGGAAGAGAAAACAUUCCGUAACUGGAUGAACUCCCUAGGUGUCUCUCCACGUGUAAACCAUCUUUAUCGGGACCUUUGUGAUGGCAUAGUGAUUUUGCAGCUUCUAGAAAAAGUCCGAGUAGUUGUGGACUGGAAGAGAGUCAACAACCCUCCUUAUCCUCAACUGGGAGGAAAUAUGAAGAAGCUGGAGAACUGCAACUAUGCCGUAAGGCUCAGCAAGGAGGACGCCAACUUCUCUCUGGUCGGAGUUGGAGGACAAAACAUCAACGAGGGAGAUCGUGUGCACACCCUGGCUUUGGUGUGGCAGCUGAUGAGAAGGUACACUGUCAUGGUUCUGUCCAAUUUGGGCCACAAAGAGAAAGAUGUGGAUCAGUUUAUCCUAAACUGGGUCAACACCACCCUUAAGGACAGUCGAAAGGAGACACACAUCAGCAGCUUUAAGGACAAGCUGAUCAGCACCAGUUUGCCUGUGAUUGACCUGAUUGACGCCAUCGCCCCUGGCAUGGUGAAGUGGGACAUGGUGAAGAGAGGAGAAAAGGGGGUGUUGAAGAAUGAUGAGAAACUCAACAAUGCCAAGUAUGCAAUCUCCUUGGCCCGUAAGAUCGGCGCUCGAGUCUACGCCCUGCCUGAUGACCUGGUGGAGGUGAAAAAUAAAAUGGUGAUGACGGUGUUUGCCUGCCUCAUGGGACAUGACUUGAGAAAAAGCAAACGCUGAAUAGAAAACCAUGUUUUAAAACAAAAGAAACCUACAUUUGCAUCUUUUCUCCUUUUUGUUUUUAAUUUGUAUCAUACUUUUCUUCCUUUCAAUGAACAUUUUGCAUUUAUCUGCCAGAACAAAUCUAUAGGACAUUUGUUGUUUUCCUAGCUAACUUGUAAUUGAUUUCAAUUUUGUUAAGCUGCUUCAUUAGUUUAUCUAUGAUUUGAUUCAUACAGUUUUUUUAAACACCACUUUGGUUGAUUCUAAAUAAACUUUUCCUAGCCCGAAGCGUUCAUCACCUUUUGCAAUUAAAGAUGAACCACAGGGGUGAAAGAAUCACAAAUAAAAGCCUUAUUUUAAACCUAUGAAUGUCAUGCACUGAAUAUUGAUAUUAAAUUACUGAACUGAACAUUAUUAAAUAUAAAAGUUCAAUAGUUUUGUGUGUAUACUGUGUCUGUGCUUUUCUAUUCCCAGAUGGUUUGAAUCAGCCACAUGAAAUGUAAGGCUUUUAUAAUCUGAGUCUUUGAAACCUGAUUUAUCAUUAUAGAUUUCAUAGGCUUGUAAAAUUGUGUAAACCAUAUAUGGCAUCUCUGUAUGUUUUGGGAUUAACAAAAAAGAAAUGAAUGGAGGAAAGAGGUUGCUGCAAAUUCAUUUAACUUUAGUGUAAAGACAAAUAAAAUGCGUUGCUAAUGGAAAACA